UCUCCUGUCAGUCAGUUGUCCGCCCACUUCUAAGUAACUAAUGGUCAGAGAUAAACGUCCCGUCCUCGAUAAUACCGCGCCGUCUCUUUAUUUACACAUGAAAAUGAUAUAACCAGCAGCAUGAAGAGCUGAUCGUGUGUAGUUUAGAGGACUGUAACUCGGGGUUGGAGGAGAGCUGGGAUGGCCUCUAAACUGUUCGACAGACUUCGCCGUACGCUGUUUAAAGAAGGGGAGCUUCCUCUGGAGACGGACGGACACGGAGCAGACGACUUCCCGGAGAGCUCUGAGCUGGAGGACGAUACAGACUGUGUGUCAGCACGACUCCGAGGAACCCUGUGCUUCGAGGGUGAAGGGGUCCUGGACUCUGAGGACGCAGGAGACGCGUCGGGGCCAGACAGCGACUCCGACUUCUUUGGAGAGUCCAUAGAUAAUGCAUUUAGCAGCACAGAUACCAGCCCAAUAGGUCCUUCCCCAAAAACCUCAAACAUGAUCACCAGACAACUACAAGAAAACUGGCGGAGCUCAAGAACUCGUUGCAUUCCUGAAAAACUUAUCUUUGAGGUGACUGACGCCAGUGUUGUGCAUGAGACAAAUUCCAAGUAUGUGCUCUACACGAUUCACAUCAUCCAUUCUGGGACGUUUGACAAGACUCCCGCGGUCAUCACGCGGCGCUACACUGACUUCGAGCGUCUACACAGCCGCUUGCGCCGCCGUCACGGAGACGAGAUGGAUGGCGUGUUCUUCCCUCGCAAGAAGCUGCGCAAGAACUUUGCCGCCGAGACCAUUGCCAAGCGCAGCCGGGCGUUCGAGCAGUACCUGACCCACCUUCACUCCCUUCCUGACCUACGGAGCACACCUACGUUCCUAGAGUUCUUCUACCUGGGGGAUCUGCGCGCGGGCCAGAUGCUGAUGCGAGUGGGCCGCUACCAGGACGCCCUGGGCUCUCUCCUCAAUGCUCUGCGACUCCAGGAGAAGUUAGGAUGCCAUCAGCUCCUGCAGCACAACCAGCUCCAGCGGGUUCAUUGGUUCUUCACGCUCUCCGCCUUGGUCACCUGCUUUCAAGAGCUAGACCAGCUCGGUGAGGCUCAGGAACACUGCGACCGAGCCCUGCAGGACCUAGCGCCUUCCCAGGACGCUUUGCAGCAGCACCAGUUGCACCCUCUGCUCAUCCCGCUCCUCCAAUCCAACGUCAGGCUGUCCUGGAAGGUCUCGAAGGACAAGAGGCGCUGGGAGGCUCUUCUGCAGGAGAUCCAGGAGCAGGGGAUUGAUAUCGGGAAUCAGCCCAACCUAAAGGAGUGUCUGUUUAAAGAGAGUAUCGAGGACAGCGAGGGGCUGGUCAGGGCUAAGAACAAAAGUGAAGAUGUGCCAUAAGCAUUCAGGGAAUUUUUUUAUAGGAGUAUUAGAGGUUAUGAGGGAUGAUUUUGAUAGCAAUAUGUAUGAUAGCUUACUAAGGAAACCUGUGGAAUUAAUGCUAAUUUGUACAAUGCAUCACUUUUAAAUACACAUAUAUUUCAUGGGCACAUUUCAAUA